GCGGCGCACGCGGCCUUUGCUUCGCUCUGUCCCGGCGCUGGCGGGAUGACGCGCUUUGCUCUGACAGUGGUCCGGCAUGGAGAAACAAGACUUAACAAGGAGAAAAUCCUUCAAGGACAAGGAAUAGAUGAGCCUCUUUCAGAAACUGGAUUUAAACAAGCAGCUGCUGCUGGCAUAUUUCUUAAUAACGUGAAGUUUACUCACAUUUUCUCCAGUGACCUCAUGAGGACAAAGCAGACCGUGCAUGGAAUUUUGGAGAAGAGUAAAUUUUGCAAAGAUAUGACAGUAAAGUAUGAUUCAAGACUUCGAGAAAGUAAAUACGGGGUUGCAGAAGGCUGGCCGCUGAGUGAGCUAAGGACCGUGGCCAAAGCAGCUGGGCAGGAGUGCCCUGUGUUCACACCGCCCGGAAGAGAGACCUUGGACCAGGUGAAAAUGCGUGGAAAAGACUUCUUUGAAUUUCUUUGUCAGCUGAUCCUGAAAGAAGCAGGUCAACGGAAUGAACAGUUUUCCCAAGAAGCCCCGAGCAACUGUUUGGAGAGUUCUUUGGCAGAGAUAUUUCCUUUAGGGAAAAACUGUGCCUCCAAGUUUAAUUUGGACAGCAGCGCUCCAGGGUUAGUGGCCAGUGUCUUAGUUGUGAGUCACGGCGCCUACAUGAGAAGCCUGUUGGAUUAUUUCCUGAUUGACCUUAAGUGUUCCUUCCCGGUGACACUGAGCAGGUCCGAACUCACAUCAGUCAGCCCCAAUACAGGGAUGAGUGUCUUUAUCAUAAACUUUGAGAAAGGAGAAGUGAAACCAACCACCCAGUGUGUGUGUGUGAACCUACAGGGCCACCUGACCGGGGUGACCAAAAUUCACUAAAUUUAAA